GGUGUACAUGCUCCACGUCCUCAUGCUCGUUUCAAGGUUUCUAUUAGCGAGGUGUGUUGUCGUUGGRAGGCAGAUUUUUGUCCGUAAAGYCAAUUCCAUAUCUAUCAUCUUAAAUCGUAAUUUUACAAAUUCAACCAUGGCUUACUCAGUUAAAGAAAGCGGAGCUCCAAACUCYCUGGACUAUCGAAUGUACUUUCAUAAUACUGAUGGACAUGCAAUCUCUCCAUUCCAUGAUAUUCCACUUUUUGCCAACAAAGAGAAAACUCUUGUGAAUAUGGUUGUGGAGGUUCCCAGAUGGACUACUGCUAAAAUGGAGAUAAACACCAAAGAAGCUCUGAACCCCAUCAAACAAGAUGUCAAGAAAGGAAAACUUAGAUUUGUCAAUAACUGCUUCCCUUAUACUGGUUAUAUCUGGAAUUAUGGAGCACUUCCUCAGACAUGGGAAAAUCCAAGUCAUAAAGAUGAGUCAACUGGUGCCCUUGGUGAUAACGAUCCUAUUGAUGUUUGUGAUAUUAGUACCAUGGUUGCACAGCGUGGUGAGGUAAAGCAGGUCAAAGUUCUAGGUGUUUUAGCUAUGAUAGAUGAAGGAGAAACGGACUGGAAGGUCAUGGCUAUUGAUGUCAAAGAUCCUAUGGCUAAAGAUAUGAAUGAUAUUGAUGAUGUGGAGAAACAUAUGCCAGGAUUAUUAGAUGCGACAGUAGAUUGGUUUAAAAUAUACAAAGUUCCAACAGGAAAACCAUUCAAUGAAUUUGCUUUCAAUGGCACUUGUAAAAACAAGGAAUUUGCUAUGAAAGUUAUCAAUGAAACACAUAUCUUCUGGGAAGACUUGAUAUUAAACACCACAGAAAACAAGGGAGGAUUGGCAUGUAAAACAGUAACAGUUGAAAAAUCGCCAUACAAAAUAUCACAGAAAGAUGCAGACUCAAUCAUGAACAAUGCUGAACAACUUAAAGAUGCUUUACCAAUUGAUGAUGAGACACGACGUUGGCACUUUGUGAAACGUUCAUGACAAUCAAACAAAAAUUCCAACUGUUUUCACCACAAAUUAUAAAAUACUACAGGUUUUUACAAUUCUUGAAGCUUAGGUAUUCCUGUAUCAAACAAAACAAAAGUGAAACAAUUUUUCUUGUAGACAGAUAGGGUAAAUAAUGAAAGGAUUUUCUUAUCCCAGCUCAGGCAAAGCACAGGACUGAAGUAAUGUUUAAAGGCCGACAAUGAGGACUUGACGGGGUUUCAAAGUCCGYGCAAUUAGUUCCAGUCCGAGGCGCUAGCCGACUUCAAAAACUCAUUAAUUA